UGCGGCGCCGCGAGCCGAACGGCCGUUCAGUCUCGAGCCUCGCGUCGGUCGUAACGGACUUCUCCUCCGCGGCGCACUCUUCCUCCACGCUUAACCGGGCCUCAUGGAGAUCGGAGGACCCAGUAAGUGCAAAAGUGCAGUGUCAAAAUAAGGGGACCGAGUGAGAAACGACACGUAAGCGACCGAGGAUGGACGAGAAGCACGCGCUCGCAACGCGAACUGCAACGGCACGAUCGAGAUAGUGAACGCUCCGAUACUCCCGUAUACUCCCAUACACACUUAUUUAUUAAACAGAUCGCUCCGCGAAUACUUAAAUAUCGUUAAAAAAACGACAUUGCGACAGCGUGAAACGGAUGUUUCCGCGCGAUCGAGAUCGGGCUCGAGAUUGAGACAACUCCGAAACUCCGAACGGCCAUCGAGGGAGGGCGUCGAUCGCGCGCGAAAAAGGUGUCCGUUUGAAAAAGUUGCGCGCAUGCGUGCGCGUCAUUCGCGGCAAUUCGGUUAAAUUGGCAGAGGGGAGAGGUGCGUUUCGAUGCUCGCCUCGUCUCGCGAUCGGUUCGAACCGCGCGUGAUCUCGUACGAAAGGUGAUCAGUCGAGAGUUACGCGAGUGCGUUUCGAAACGAUCAUCGAUCAGGGGAAGUUGAUCCAUCCUGCGUGGAGACGCGGACAUCGCGAAAUUCUGGAGCAAGAGAGAGAGAGAAAGAGAAAAGAAAGGGAAACGGAAGGAAGGAUAUAGCAAUUCGUCUGUGAUGUCGACGUGCACGAGGUGGAUUUUGUGGCCGGCGAGGACGCGCUUUCGACACUUUGCGAAACCACCGACGAUCUACCGUAGCUGAGAUUAUUAAAUAAUCGACCAAUCGGGCCAAUUGAUCACGUUAUCGAGGAACUUCUUCCCUACUUCUGCUUCUGGUGUGAUUCGCGACACUUUCACGAAUUCAUUUUCGCUCACAUUCGUUCCCUCGAGUUGGCGAACGCGUAACGAAAGGAGAAGAAUUUUCGCCGCACGGUGUCAUCACGCCGAGCCCGAGUAACCGGGAAUUAUUUUUGGAGACUUUGAAAAGAAGCAAUAGCCAUGGACUGGAGGGGGAUCGCGCUGGCUUUUCUGGUGAUCACAAUAACGAGGCACAGCAGCAGCAGCGGCACACACGCAGCCCAAAUACCUCAGAAUCCGCCAACAUCGACCGCGGCGAUAGCGAACACCGUGCAGAUCGAGUGUGCGAGCGAGUCGAUCAUCGUUCGCAUCUCCACGGAGGGCAACACGGACUUCUACGGUCUGGUCUACCCGCGUGGGCUGUCGAAGAACAGCUCCUGCCUGCAGGAGUACAGGAGUCAGCCCACUCCGAUCACCUACAAUCUGCCACUCAGGUCCUGCAACACUAUGCCCACUGAGCUGGAGGACGGUGGUAUCGAAUACUUCAACACCAUAGUAGUGCAGCCGCACCUGAAGCUGGUCACGAACCAGGGCAGAGGCUUUCACGUGAGAUGCAGAUACCAGACGCGCGACAAAGUCGUAACGAACGAUCAGACCCACGUGUCCAUGCUGCCAUAUCUACCAUUGCAGGCGACCGCGCCGAUGCCGGGAUGCACGAUGAAGAUCUUUAGCGGCGAUCCAACGCAGCAUCACGUGGCGGAGAACGUGAAGAUCGGUGAUCCCUUGACCCUGGUCAUUAGCAUUGACAAGCAGGAGAUGUUCGGCUUAAAGAUCUCCGAUUGUCUGGUGCGCGACGGUCUCGGCUGGGGCGAACAACGGCUCAUAAAUGACGAGGGUUGCCCAAUUGACGGCGAGAUCAUGGGACAAUUCACGUACAACGAGGACAAGACGGAGGCCAGGGUGAACUUCCAGGCGCACAAGUUUCCGUACACGGCGAGCGUGUAUUAUCAGUGCAACGUCAGGCUGUGCAUCAAGCAUGGCGGAGGAUGUAGCAAUACGCCACCGUUGUGCAACUCGAUAGCCAGACGACGUCGAGAUGCUGCAAAUGAUGAGGAGGUGAAGGGUGUCGAAGGCCUGGACGGUACGCCGGCCACGAUUGAGGUCUACAGCGGUCUCUACGUCAACGAGGCCUCAGACGUCGGUCCCAAAUCGGACUUCUCCGAUGAUGUCUUGAGAGAAAGAGCCAUCGACGAUCCGAAUACCAUUUGCAUAUCGCAAAGGAGCUUCGCCAUCGGGAUCGCCAUCGCCGGCCUGAUACUGAUGCUGGCGGUAGUGGCCGCCAUUCUGGUGCUGCUCGCCAAGAGACGGCACAAGAGCGUCUCCACGACGGGAUCGUCCAUUUACAGUGGACCGUACACAAACACCGCCUACAGCCACAGCAGCUAAACUCCGUCCCGUUCGACGCGAGAUCGGUGCACUCUUCCCCCGAUCUGAUCUGAAAAUCCGUACUCCGCGAUUUCUUGCGGAGGUCUCGCGCGUGCGAGAUCUCGAUGAGGAUCUACUCGGGUGGACUUCCCCGAUCAACAUGGAAAUUAAUUAGACUAGUUGCUUCUGACACGAAGUCGAUUCAAUACGGCGAUCGAAGCCGCCGCGAGACGCAGCGAGGCGAAACAAACGACACGCGAAUCUCUUGCUCAACUGCCGACGCUACUGCCUGUUGUACUUGUUAAUCCGAUUGUUUCGCAUGAUGUCCUCAGUUAGCAAUGGCGGUGCGUCGAGGUACCUACGAGGAACUUACGAUGCUCGAUUUCCGGGUACCAAGUUUUACGAUAGUUUCGAUAAAACGGAAUUUUUAACGAAACAUUCGUAUUCAGCUUGAACUUUGGUGCAAUAUCCAAAUAAAAAUUCGAAUGUCUUAUAAUAAACGUUAGAAAUUUACGUGUAUUUUUAUGCAAGGAAGAAAAAGAUAUAUUUUGUAUACAUCGGUGCUUGUCGCGCACGAAUAAAUUAUUGAGAUCUAUUUGAAAAUGCAAUUUCUCGAUUUCUGGAAUGAAUUAUUAGCCAACAUUGCUAUUUAAAUUACAUCAUGCUGGAAACGAAGAGAAAUCACGUUUGAUACAAUGAUGCGUUCCGCCGGCGUCCGUCCGUAACGUCGUAACGAGCUAUAUAUACUUUAGCUCUUACGAUUAAUUCCGAUCGUGAACGUCUAACGAAUCGACAUGGCUGAUUCCGUCGAGAAUUUUCCGUCACUCUCUAAUAUAUAAAUAUAAAUAAAUAUAUAUAUAUAUAUAUAUAAAUAUAAUAUACAUAAUCUACGUAAUAUACUAUAUUGUACACUAGUCCGGUAUACGCUGUCCUAAUACAUACCUAUCACACUAAACAUAUGCAGACACACACAUGCGAAAGUACCGUCCCAUACUCGUGAUCUUCUCAAUAAUUUAAUGCAAUCGCGUCCGCGUGAACUCUCACUCUAGCUAGCUCUAAGUUUAGGUCAACACGUCACAUAGGCGCGCGUGAACUCUGAAAUAACUCAAUCAAAUACUGCAGCGAUUAAUUUAGCGAAUCGCUACCCCUCCAGCUUCUCCGCAUGCAAUCGUGGAUUCUGGCGCUCAUCAUAUCUGAUGUUUGUACGUUUUCUGUGAAGUUACGUGUGAAUGGACGAUCGCCGUCGUGGAGAUGCGAAUAGUUUAUCAUCUUAUCACAGCGAGUUGGUAGAAGCAGGCUGAUUGAAAUUUGACAUAAAAUUAUAAAUUUAUUCCGACAUCUACAACGACGCGAUACUCGAAUGAAUGCAAUGCGAGCGCUUAGUUCGGAGUGUAUGAUCAGAUUGUAAUCCUUUAUAACGCUUAAACGUUAAUAUUAAUUAGUUUAAUCGAAAUGAGGUGCUGCUCCAAUGUCGAUAUUCUGAAGCAUUCGAGAAUGAUGAUACGAGGAACAGUUUCUAGUAAUAGCCGUACAUUUUCGACGAUUCUGAUUCAGAUCGGACUUAAUUAGCGUGAAAUUGAAAACACUUAGGAUAUCGACAUCGUAUCACCUUGGAGCGUUUAGAUCUUAACUCUGACAGAGACAAGGAAACACUACUGCCAACGCAGUCGCGUAACUGGGUUCAACGUGGUGGUGGGUACAUGAACGUAAAAUUUUACACUUAGGGAAAAAUCAACCCGCGUUAAAAAACGUUAACUCGCUAACUCGUCGUGCACUGGAACGUUAAACCGCGCCGUGUGCAGAAGCGGGGUGUCGCGAUGUAGUAAUUCUUUAAAGAUGAUAAUGUGUGCGACAGUUGCUCCGAAUGGAUCCUGGCGUGUCGAAUGAUAACGCAAACGCUGACGCUUAUGAACGCCAUCGCGCUGGUCUCAAAGGCAGAUGCAAAAUCUUUAUUAACUAAUCGUCACAGAAAAGCUGUUUUAUAUAUGCGCGAAUGUUGCGUUCUUUCAGAAUUUAAAAUAGAUGAUUUCAAAAUGUAAUGAUAAUUUGAAAAGUAUCUGUCUUCUGGAUUUUAACGAAUGCAAAUAUGUUUCCUGUCUUUAUUCUGCUGAGAUUUUUAGCGGCAUCUCGCUAUAUGGCGAACUGAUGGCGUUCGGUCCUCUUAGUGCUAUUCCUCGAAAAGUGCAAUAACUUCGAGAUGUCCCGGGAAUCCGCGGAGCCUCUGUCGAGAAUCGGAACUCGCCCGGCGAGUGGAUCGCACGAGAUCCCUUGCUGUGCUGUGGCAUUGGUUCAUAGUGAUCAUUGGGGACGAAAAUGUCUGUAUAGUCUUCUUUUUCCUCGUUAAGGUAACGCGAGUCUCGAUGUUCCCGCAAUGUUCCUCUGGACCCUUGUCAAAAGAAUCUACAACGAAUCUGUGUAAAUAAUGAAAACUUAAUAAAACUAGUUAAAAAAUA